AUGCCCAACAAGAAAAAGAAGUACAGUGCUAGGUUUCCACCUGCCAGGAUAAAGAAGAUAAUGCAAAAAGAUGAGGAAGUUGGAAAAGUCGCUGCAGCUGUCCCUGUUAUCAUUUCACGAUCUUUGGAGCUAUUUAUAGAAUCAUUGAUCAAAAAGACAAAUGAUUUGGUGAUUUUGAAGAAUGCAAAAACCCUAACACCACAACACAUUAAACAGACAGUGCUUCAAGACAAAGAAUUCAAAUUUCUAUCGGAGCUUGUGUCCUCGAUUCCAGAUAUCCAACCGAAUGAAGAUGACAAUCAACAGGAAACAGGUGCAUCCCUACCACGACAAUCGCAGCCAACUUCAUCGACAUUUAUACCAUCACACUCAACAUCUAACUUACCAAGUCCUAAUUUUGGGGGUAGAAGUGGGGCCAGUGGUGUGUUGGCAAAAGUUUCUACUGGUAAACCCAGAGGAAGGUAA